CUCUUCCAGAGAUGGUCCUCUCUCAGCCUCCACCUCGACACACACGUUCUCACUCACACACUUUCCCAUCCAGGACAAUGGCCCCCAAGAAGCCCGAGCCGAAGAAGGAGGUGGCAAAAUCGACCCCACCGGCUCCGGAGCCAGAGAAGCCCAAGGAGCCUGAAUUCAACCCCAAAAGCAUUGCGAUGGAGUUCACUGCAGACCAAAUUGACGAGUUCAAAGAGGCCUUCAUGCUUUUCGACAGGACCCCCAAAAGCGAGAUGAAGAUCUCUUACGCCCAGUGUGGUGAUGUGAUGAGGGCGCUGGGCCAGAACCCCUCCAACGAAGAGGUCAUGAGAGUCCUAGGGACACCCAAGCCACAGGAAAUGAACACUAAGCUGAUCGGCUUCGAGACCUUCCUACCAAUGUUCCAGCACAUUUCCAAGUCCAAGAACCGGGGUACCUUUGAGGACUUUGUGGAAGGACUGCGUGUCUUUGACAAGGAGGGCAACGGCACCGUCAUGGGCGCCGAGCUGCGUCUUGCACUCGCAACUCUUGCCUUUGUGAAACACAUCAUGACUGGGUGAAUGAUCAAAAUUCAAGAUGUCGCUGACCUGAAUCUCUCUUUUAUUCCUCUCCUCUUUUGUUCAACUCUUUGUCCUCAGUGUGUGUGACCGAUUCUGUCUGUGUCAGUGCAUGUGGGUGAGUGUCACAACGUUUUGAUAAUGGAAAUAAAAGUUCAAUGUCAA